AUGCCUCCUUCAGAGGCUCCUGUUGAAGAUGCCGACACCCUUGUGCUCGACACUUCCAUCCUUGAUACGGUCCCUGCUCCAGCCGUAGGAGCUUCACCGUCGACUGGCAUCUCUCCUGCUGCGUCCUCGGGGAAAGCAAAUCAGGAUGCAGUCUCUCCUGCGUCGCCACAGGCUGAUGCCUCUACUGAGCCGAGUCAACCUGUUGUUGACUACACUCCCGCGUCGCCAAUUUCUUCUUUAGCUCGCCCCUUUCAAUCUGUCGACACCGCUGGUGAGUCCAUUGAAUUUCCUCUCCAGAUUAGUGAUAGUGACUCUGACUCAGUCACUAGUCCUGUGAUGCAUCCGGACUCCAGUUCGACUAGUUCUGACUCGAGUCUCUCUUCAGCUUCCUUGCAGGAUCCACGAGGACCAGUAGGUGUCAACACCAAUAAACAACAAUCCUCUCAGACUACUCCUUUGUCGACUGCUUCUCCCCCUCAGAUUACUUCUCCGUCAGCAGCUUCUCCUUCGACUUUCCCGGGGCUGACGAUCAAGCCUUUUGCUUUAGAAGCAAUUACCCGGCUUCACAAUCUGGUGAAAUCGCGUGACGCCUCUUCAGACUCUGAGCAGCUCCAUUCUGGUAAAAUGGGCCCUGAGGCGACAAAGGCUAAGGCUCUCAUGGACAAAGUCCGCGUUUACGCUUUGAAUUCUGAUCUUCCUUUCGUGCUCAUGCAUGAACCCAUUGUCGGUCCAGAGAUCCUGAGCGUGCUUGCCCAACUAAAGGGUCUCCAUAUCUCUAAUUAUGCCAAGCGCGCAAUGGCGGCUCUCGAACAAAUUUUGGUGCCUAUGCUGCGCCACAUCGACAAUGUUCGGGACAUUGAACGCCAGAUUGUUGUUACUGAGGCCUUCGUGAAGGAAAAAUGGGAGUUGGUCACACAUGCCGACGCGGAGGUUACCAAUAUGUUGGGGGCUAUGGGGGAGCGGCGAAAAGAAUUGACUUCCAAACAAACACGAGCCAUUGAACUACGUCAACAAAUUGAUGCCCUUUGGCGUCAAAUUGCCACUCUAGAUAGUGAGUUGGAAUCAAUUGUUAAGGAGGAGUCACGCUUUGUCGACGAAGUGCUAAAACCUGCUCAGCCCACUGUGGAGCAAACUACCAGUGAUGCCCUAGCCGUCGGUGAAGAGCUCAUGGCCGUCGAAGGAAAACUUGAAGAGCUCAAAGCCCAUGCCGACACCUUGGAGUUUGCGUCCUUGCAUUAUAAUUUUGAGCUUAAGUCUUUCCAAUCUAAGUUCGGCCAACUUUGA